UAUUAACUUGCACCAUCGCUUAAAUCGGUAUAGUUGUUCAUACGUCAAACUUGGCUACAUAACCAACCUUACAAUUUACAAAAAUGAUGAUACAACGUCUUGGUUAUGCGAAAUAUAGCCAUCUUGCCAUGUCUAUUGCAAUGAGUAUAAUGCCGGGUGAUAUGUUCGGGCCACGGUUUGGUGGCAAUUCCUGUCCAAAAAAUUCCAUCUUGUAACGGGGGGGCUUCUGAUUACACUGAAUCUGAUGUGGAAAAUCGUAUGAAGCCAACUCUCGAGCAUUGGCUCUCGUUUUAUGCCCUUUAGUUGCAUGUGUCAUCGAUGCUGUACUUGAGCCUGUCAACCUUCCAAGAUGAUCCACAUGAUCAGUGACUGUAGACAUGUUCAUUGUUUAAUGUGUUAUGCGUUCUAUGAUCAGUACUAUGCUGCUUGAUCAAUAGACAAAGAUUUGUCUGAGAAAAUCAAUUGAAUAAUGCAUGAAUACGAAAAAACAGUGUCCAUGGUGAAUGUUCGGUGCUAUUUUUAUGGCGGGGGGGAUGAAUUCACGCAACUGUGUAUUUGUGUGUAGUCUGAGCCAGAGCGAUUUCUGAGCUAGAAAUGCGGAAUUAAUAAAACAUACAUUACACGCUCUCUUUGGUCGAUAUAGUUACCGGCAUCCGCCCUGCGACAAUGUUGCUUUGUCAUUCACUAUAGUUUUAGGAUGUCAUUUUAGGAUUUGAUUAUGUUUUAGGCACAAGAAAGCAAGCAUUUUUUAUACAUCUGUCUGUUCUAAUGCGGCCUUUUAGUUACAGGCGAUUUAAUCCCCUCCCAUAAUGCAUUGUGCUCAUCCCAGACUUUACUGUAUUUCCUGUUUAUUGUUGCUGCUUUGUCUGGUAUUUUUUUGUAAUUGUGGCGUAAGUCAUCCUCAAAUGUAGUGUAUUAACUAACAGUCUCUAAUGAAUAAUUUGUGAUGUUUUGCACAUACAAACGUUUAACGUAGCACCACACCUACAGAAGCAGUCGUUUUUUGUUUCAUUUCCUCCAGUCAACGUAAUGCAAAGCACUUCCUCGGUUAAUGUGCACACAAUUCAACUCCACGUUUCGAUAGUGAAAGUACAAGAGUGGUGGAAUCUAUUGUACUAUUGACCCUGUAAUUACAACAAGACCACAAGUUACACACAUUGACGGUUAGGGUCUGGUCAAAUGGAGGACUCAGAGACUGACUUGACAUCGUCUGAACCGGACGCACUUGGGGCAGACUUCAUCACAGUGGAACUGGACACCCAACCCAUAGAAUAUGUUGUCAAGUGGGCAGAGGUUGGGUCCAAGUUCACAAUAUCCUGUGUGAAAAAGGAGGCGGAUGAGGGGUCUGGCCUUAAUCUGGAGCAGGUGAAGGCAGAGCCAGACGAGCCCUUUUUUGCCCAGUAUGAGGAGGAGUUCCCUGGCUGUGACAUUGCAGAACAGAGUGUCAUAGUAAACGACUCAGACGAGGAUGACCACACUGAGCCAGGGAGUAGCCAGCUGGUUCCUGUUGGAGAUGGCUCUGACUCAGGCUCAGAGAAAGGGGAAUAUAGCUCACCAGGGGGAAAUUACAGCUGCAACUACUGUGGGAAGUGCUACAGUCAUUCCUCAAGCCUCUCAAGACACCAGCAAUUGCACACAGGAAAGGCACCCCUACCCCCAAACAAGCAAACGGAUACAGGGUCAGCUGAGGGGAACAAAUACAAAUGCACGCAGUGUGCAAUGCGAUUCAAAAGCAGAAGAGCUCUCGGCACUCAUAUGAGAACACAUCGGGGCAUGAGAGUUUACCCAUGCAACAUCUGUGGGAAGGAUUUUAACCACAGCUCCAGCUUGUCGCGUCAUAGGCUCAUCCACAAAAAAGGGAAAGGUAUUCCCUCUGGUGUCCUACCUGCAGAAAUCAGUUAUGUCCGUCGCCCAACUGGCAACAGGAAAAAGAAAAAGCAGGCUGGCGAGAAGAAGAUCCCUGGCGAAAAGAAGUUCCCGAUCGAGAAGAACCUCCCUGGAGAGAAGUUCUACGCAUGUACACAAUGUGACAUGACCUUCAAGAACUCCAUUGGUCUCUCGAAACACCAGGUCUCUCAUGUCAAGGACCUUCUGAAUAACUAUGCCCAUGGUAAAGACAGUCUCACCAAGUCCUCAGACUUGAAAAUACGCCUCAAGUUGUGCUCGAGGGACAAACCCAACUUCUACACCCUCUGCAAGAAGAACAAGCGGUCAAGAGCUGCUAAGCGCCAGCGGCAGCACCAAACAUCAGUCUCUGAGGAAGAGGAAGGACAAUAUGCAUGCGAGCAGUGUGACAAGCGCUUCAGCCAAGCGCAGAGCCUCGCCAGGCACCAGCAAAUGCACAAGGGAGACAAGUUCAGCUGCUCUUACUGUAAAAAGACCUUCGCCAGGUUGUCCAACCUCCACCACCAUGAGAGAUCUCACUCCACAGGGGGCAAGUACGAAUGCACCACCUGCAACAAGACAUUUGUGCACUCGUCUAGCUACUCGAGGCACAAGCGGCAGCACGCCGAGGAGGCCCACCAGCGCCAGUGGAAGGGCAUAGAUGAGAUGGCACCAAUUGAUUCAGACUCUGAGUGAGAGCAGUAGUGGUCUGCUCUCGACUGCCCACACACAGCUUACUACUCUGGCUUUCAGGGGUUGGGAGGGUUUUUGGGGAUCUCGUUUCGGACUAGAAUUGGCAUUACUCUGAGUAUAUAAAGUGUGUGAUGAUGACUUAUGGUAUGGUAUCAGCAAAUUGCAUAUUUUUUCCUAGAUUAAACUGACCGUGUUGUCGUCUGCUGCCCAUGCAAAUAAAUAUUUAGAUUUAUUUAGUUCACAUUCCCUUUUGGUCAUGGUUAGCUACAGGGUUAGGGUGAAAGUGUUGCUAGAGUCUCGCCAGAUGUGAAGUAUACCGUACCAUCUGAAAACAAAACUGCUAUAAAAUGCUUCUGCUGUUGAGCAAACCCAUUUCGUCUUUUUCUGUAUAUAAUCUUUUUAUCUUUUUUUUUAUCUCCGUGACAUGACAAAGGGUCAAAAUGAACCUUGCCAUCAAACUAAAUCAGGAUUUGGCCUCCAGGGGAUUCAUGUGAUGUCUGCACGACACCACACAUAGUCUCUGGUUCAAUCAAGCUUCUAUGGUUUAUCUUCAAGAUUUACUGUAUCUGUUCAGUUCAUGCAAUUCAUCUAUGAUGCUCAAACCAACCAUCAAUAAAAUCAAAACAAUGAAGUACUUUAUGAGAAACUAAACAAGGUUGAUUGAAUCCAGGCAUUUCCAAUAAAUGUGCUAAAAUUAAUCCUUUAAUCAGAAAACUGGCAAGUGUUAUUUUCCCGUCCCCUACUCAACAUCACUUGUUUAAUGAUCUCAAUGACAACACAGUGGUGAAAUGAAAAAACGAAACUAAAGACACAUCUUUAUUUCUAUAUAUUUGGGAUAAUUCAUUUUUUGCGUCUUAAAAAAAAAAAACUACUAGCAUUGAGUGAUCAACCAAGUUUUUAUGUAGUAUGAAUGCUUAGACCGUUUAGUUUUCUUCUACUACACAGAGUUCAGAUGAACAUUCAGAUUGUUGAUUUAAGGAUUUUAAUGUCGAAAUAUGAAGUCCAAUCAGAUCCUUAGAACUUGAAAAUACUAUAUUUGGUAUUUGUCAACAUAUACUGACUGCAAUUACCACAAAGUAUAAAAUUGACUCCAUAUAAAUGUAUGCAUGAUGAAUAUAACUUGAGAAUAGUUACAAUAUGUCGUUUUUACAUCUGCUGUGCGUGUGUGUAAAACAUUUGCGUUUGAAAGUGAGAAUAAUUGAGAUAUUUAAUAUAUGCAGUGUAUUUUGACAAAUACCCUCAAAUAUUCCUGGGAUUAGGGAUUUCAUAUUUUGUACAAGUAUUUGUCUAUUGAGGUUGUAGGGGAAACUGCACUACUUAUUUAUGAAUUGGGAACAAAGGUGCAAUUUAAAUGGUAGUGAAUGUGAUUCACAGUGGCUAUAGUUGAAAACAUAUUUUCGCUGGCAAAGCCUUCCCCGUUUGCCCCAAAGUUCCACCUUUUCAGAUGUACCUCUCACAAAAUCCAUUACUAUUCACAGAAAUAUUAUCAAGUGCUGUCAACUACUUACUGUAUAUCACCAAAGCUUUCAAAUAAUGCUUGUGUACAUGCAUAGCGAGAUGGAUUUUCUUUUCCAGUUAAACUGUUCAAAUAUCUGUUGAAAGUGCUCAACUUAUCUCCUGUUUGAUGUUUGUAUUUGCUUUAAGCACAACCAGGGUAUUCUAAACAAUUAUCAACAUUUGACCUUGUGAAUACCAUUUACUGUUUGAAUUGGAAUUUAAUUGUGACAUCUAACCUCUAUUUAUUUCUUAUUUCUUGAAAAUGACACCUAGGGAAAGUGUGUAGAGGCAUGUAUCAAGCACAGACCCAGUCUAUUGCACCCACAAUGAUAAUUGAAGAUGAAAAAAUGAUGAGAAAAGCUUGGUACUUUCCCUGUAUUUAUGUAAGUUAAUGUUUUUUUGUUAUUUUUUGUUUGAAGAGCUAGAUUCCCCUGGUUCCCCUCAAAACGUACCUUAUUUGGUUUGGUUUUCUGUUGUGGUUCUGGCCUUUUUUCUCCAGUGGCAAACAAUAUUCUCCUCUCUUGUUUUUCAGCAAUCUCUGCCUUUUGGAUUCUGAAACUCAUAUCGUUUUCUUUUUCGCUGUCAUUAUUUCAGUUUUUGAUGCAGCGGACCUACAUCCUAUAGAGAGGUGUAUGUUUUUUGUAUUGUGUUUGCCAUUAGAAUACAGUUGACAUGUUUUGUCUUGCGUUUUUGUAAUAAACCAUUCAUGAAAGAAAUGGUCCAUGAUGUCCUGGAUAUAUUUAAAAAUGAGUAGACCUAUGGUUGAUUACAGAAUAUUGGAACAACUAAAUCAGUUAAGUGAUAACUCAAUUGUGCGUUACCACUAUUCAGUUUGGUUCUUGACUAAUGAGUAGAUAUUUUUUUUGUGGUUUAUGUUCAGUGAGUUAAAUUGUUCAGUUACUGUUGGUAAUUCACCUGUGAUUUAAUAUCUCCCCACUAGAGAGCAGCAAAACACUUUAAAAAAGAAGCCACUCACAGCUUGACCUGUUACAGAAACAGAAUACAUUUUUCUUCCUUUUACGAAAUUGAAUUAAAUUGUUCGAGAAUUGUU